UAGUCAGUCAAAGUUUCUCACUAGUUCAUUUUUUUUUCCUAAAAGAAGAAACAUUUUUAUCAUAUAGUUUCUUCAAAUUUCAGAAGGGAAGAGAGAAUGAUUUCUCUCGACCGAAGAUCCCCCACUCUUCUUGCUCUGCUUACUUCUCUCUGCUUUCCUUGCCGCUAUUAUUAUAUUCAUUGCCCAACCUCCCAUUCUCUCUUUUACCCCAUUUUUCCAUUCGUCGCACCCUUUUUUCGCCCAAUGCUUUGAACCCAAACACAAAACCCCAGCAACUCUGUUUUAAACCCACUUUCCCAUCGAGCCAAAGUCAAUAAACCCACGAUCCAAUUGUAACCCAAGUUUCUAGUAGAUUUCUUUUGGAGUUUUAAGUUGAUAAUUGCUGUGGUCUUCUAGUGCGGAGGGGAAAUUUUUGUUGGUGCUUUAACAUGAUGGAUUUUUCAUGGUUGAGCACCAUUCUAGUUGGGGCAGGAUGCCUUGCCUUGGGUUACUGCAUUGGUAAGCGCCGUCCUGCUUGUUUGUUUUUCUCAUCAAGAGGAGCUAAAGAUACUACAAUUUCUAAAGCAAAUAAUAAGAACACCAAAGAACCCUUUGAAAUUGAAAAGUUGGCUGACAUUCUAGAGGAUUUUAAAAUGGUGUUGGUUGUAAGAAAUGAUCUUAAGAUGGGCAAAGGGAAAAUUGCUGCCCAGUGCAGCCAUGCGACUUUGGGUCUUUACAAAAAACUCCUUCAUCGUGCACCAAAAGCUUUGGACAGGUGGGAGAUGUGUGCUCAGCCAAAAGUGGUUGUGAAAAUCGAAAGUGAGGAAGAUAUGCUAGUUUUGCAAGAGAGGGCAAAAUCGCUAAGCUUACCAACCCAUAUCACCAUUGAUGCAGGGAGGACUCAGAUUGCACCAAGACUAUCCACUCUGCCCUCUUUGCCUUCCUUUUCCAUUCUGUUGCCUCUUUAAUAACCUCUAGUUAGUUCAUGCUGGCAGGAUUUAGCUCAAAGUGAAACUCAAAAGUAUGGGUUUCCCAAACAGAAAACUAAAAGAGAUGGAAAGAAAUUGUAGAGUUUGAAAAGAGAUGAUAAAGCGCUGAAUAGGGAAAAGAGAAUGAUGAAGAACCAAAUUAGAGUUGGGUUAUUGUUUUAUUUCGCUUUCAUUGAAGGUUGUUCACCCUUUAUUAUAUAAUUAAUUAGUGUUACGAAAACAAUUUUUUCCUAAACAUUCAAACACCAACUGUUAUUACCUUCAAUUAUUGAUCCAAUAGAAAUGUUAGGAAGGAUAAAUGACCAACUCAUUGUGAUUCUUCUCUGUUUCCUGUAAAUGUGCUUGAGCUUUACUGUUGCAAUCCCAUCCAUGUUAUAUUUUAUAAGCAUUAGGAUUCAAAAGUGGAGAGUUGGAGAUGUGAGCUUAAAGAUAUAACAAAUUGUAUGAUUAUUUGAAUUAUCAUGUGCUGCUAAAUGCUUCGUCAGUGUAACUUUUUGUUCAAACAUCCACUCUGAAGUUAUUUUUAGUUAGCGAUUUUUAGGCCCUAGUCAUCAAGUACUGCUUCCAAAGGCUUUUUGUCUGAUUUAUCAUACAAUGAAAUUCACUAUUUUGUAUUCAU